CUCUCUCUAAAAUUUCUUGUUACUUGUUCUCCCACAUCAUUAGCAACAAAAGAAACGCACACCCACCUCUCCUCUCACUCUCCACAAUUCUAUAAUUUUCUUGGAAAUUUUCUCUUCCAACAACCCAGAAGCUACUGAGUGGAAAGCUACCACUACUUCUCGAUUAGAACUCUCAUUUUUCCAUUUCCCCCAUGUCAGAUCUGUAGCAGCUCAUAGUUCUCAGCUCAAGAACUGUGAAUCACCUGUUCUCAUGGAGCUUGGUGAUCAAAUUCUACUCCCUUUCUUGAUUCUUUCUUCUGGGGUCUGCUCUGUUUCUCGUUUCUUUCCUCUGUCCGGUUUGUUCUGUUCUGUUCUGUUCCAUUAGCAUUUGGCUUAAGUUCAAGCGAGCGAAUGAUGUCAAGACUCGAGAAUUGCCGCGGGGUCUUUGAAUUCGUCCGUUGGCUUUGUGAUUUAGUAUCCUCUUCUUCGGUCUUCUGAUCCAGGGUACUUCUUUUUUCGUUCGCGAUUUUUCGAGAACAGAAUGGAAGGAGAUCCAGAAUUCAAGCAUGUGUGCAAAUUAUGCAGCAAGAGCUUUCCUUGUGGUAGAUCCUUGGGAGGUCACAUGAGGUCUCACCAGACAAACAAUGGUCCAGCCGAAACGGAUGAGAAACAGCUCAGCCUCAACACGAAGAAGCUCUCGUCGUCCAUAAGUAGCACUGGAGCUCUCCCUCCCGCAGACAGCAAUAACGGUGGUGGUUAUGGCCUGAGGGAGAACCCCAAGAGAACAUGGAGACUUUCGGACCUGAGCAAAGACACUUCACUUCAUGAGAAGCUCUGCAGAGAGUGCGGACAGCGGUUCCGUUCUUGGAACGCGCUUUUCGGCCACAUGAAGCUCCACUCGGAGAAGGAGAGAGUUCCCGACAGCAGCUUGGAGGAUCGAGAUUCACGGACCAGCGACGAUUGGAAGCUGGUCAUGGACAGCGAAUCUGACGGUGAAGUCGUCGUCAUGAAUCGAAGGAGGCGAUCAGAGAGGAGAAAGAGGUAUGUCAACGCAACUGCUGCGACUUCUUCAUCCUUAUCUUUCGCCAAUGCUGUUUCUUGCGUCUCCGAAAUCGAGCAAGAACAAGAAGAGGUGGCCAUGUGCUUGAUGAUGCUCUCUAGGGAUGUGGUUGGUCGUAAUAGAGGUGCUUUAGAUUAUGUUGCCGAGUCAUCUGACAACAGAAGUAGGGCUGACGUUAAGAAUCCGUCCUCUGAUCCUAAGAAAGUUGUGAAGCUGGAGAAAGUGAAAGAGAACAACUUUGAGUCUGGUUCUUUAGGAUGUGGUGAGUUGCAUCGACCGGAUCAAUCAAAAACAGAAAUUUCAUCUUCGGGGAAGCAUUCAGGAAACAGGUCCAGGGUGGAUAAUUCGAACGGAAUUCACAAGUCCAAGGCGGCCGGGUUGGAUCGGAUCCAGAAGAAGUCCUGCAAGAGUGAAAAAAGUAAGAGGAAAUUAUUCUCUGAGUCUGGUGAUCCCGAGUUGAGGGUCAAAUCCUUGAAGAAAUUAACUGAUGGUUUUCCGGAAUCUGGGAAGCGCCUAGAUUGCAGCGAGAAGAGCAACUUCGAGUGCACUAUCUGCAACAAGAUUUUCCAAUCUUACCAAGCUCUGGGAGGCCAUAAAGCCAGCCACAACAAGACCAAGGAAAACUCUGCUUCCAGAAAAGAAAGCAGCGCAAACAGCGUGGCAGCUGAAGUUUCACCUGCCCCGGUCGGAAACAGCAUUGAUAAGUUCAUGAAAUCUUGCAAAAUCGAGAAGGGAAGUGUCGGUGGCACGACUCAUUUGUCUGGUCAGAAAGUUGAGGAUCCUAAUGAGUUGAACAAGUACAAGAAGCGGCACGAAUGUCCAAUUUGCCUCAAGGUCUUCCCAUCAGGCCAAGCUUUGGGUGGUCACAAAAGAUCUCAUCUACUGGCUACAAACUCUCGGCCCCUCGACAUCCCGAAACCAAUCCGGGAAAUUCAUGGAUUUCUCGAUCUCAACCUUCCAGCUCCAGCGGAAGACCACAAAGAUCGUCAAGAAGACGUAGACGGAUUAGAAGAAGAAGAAGAAGAAGAAGGUAGCAGCCAUGUCAGCUUCAAUUCAUGGUGGGUGGGAAGCAACUCCAACAGUCAUGUGGCUCUUGCUGGUCUCAACUGCUGAUUGAGCUUUGCUGGUGUUGACUUGUCCCCUCCUCUCGUUCUCUCUCUCUCUCUCUCUCUCUCUCUCUCUCUCUCU